AACAUUGAUCUUUAAAGCACUUAAAAACUCAAAAUCCCCGUCAAAAAACCAAUCCUGUAAUUUACAUGGAAAUGGAUUCUCCUUCACAAUCUCGUCCUCCACAUGUUGUCAUCUUCCCUCUCCCAUUACAAGGCCAUAUAAACUCCAUGAUUAAGCUAGCUGAACUAUUAGCCCUCGCCGGUUUCAAGCUCACUUUCCUCAAUUCCCACCAUAACCAUGAACGCCUGAUCAAGUUCACCAACAUUGUUGCCUAUUUUAAAAGAUACCCAGGGUUCGAACUCAAGACCAUAACCGAUGGUCUUCCUCUUGAUCAUCCCAGAUCAGGGAAUUGGUUCCUUGAGACGUAUGAAGAAGCCAUUAUAAUGAAAAUCAAGCAGAGUUUUAGAGAGAUGUUGAUGAAUAGCAAUCCACCGGUGGAUUGUGUAAUUGCAGAUGGGUUUUCAGGGUUUGCCAUUGAUGUUGCGAAUGAGCUUGGGAUCCCCAUCAUUGGUUUUCGUACCAGCAGUCCUCGUAGUUUCUGGGUUUAUUAUUCUAUUACUGAUAUAAUCAAAGCUGGGGAGCUUCCUAUCAGAGGAAGUGAAGACAUGGACAGGUUGAUAACAACAGUGCCAGGCAUGGAAACUUAUCUUCGAUGUCGAGAUCUUCCUAGUUUUUGUCGAAAAUCGGACAUUGAAGAUUCAACUGUUCAACUUAUUGUUAAACAAACACGAAAAAGCACUGAAGCCGACGCCUUGAUAUUCAACACCACUGACGAGCUCGAUGGACCUAUACUAUCUCAAAUACGCACUAAAUGCGCUAACAUCUACCCCAUUGGACCCUUACAUGCUCAAUUAAACACAAAACUCAAGGCAAAACAUGGAGAAUCAUUUGAUCAAUUUUCGAAUGCCCUUCGGGAAGAGGAUAAAAGCUGCAUUCCUUGGCUCGAUAAGCAACCAUAUCGAUCUGUUAUCUACGUAAGUUUUGGUAGCAUUACAAGCACGUCAAGGGAUCAACUCGUAGAGCUUUGGUAUGGACUUCUUAACAGUAAAACGAAGUUCUUGUUUGUUGUAAGGCCAGAUUCCGUGAUUGGAAAAGAUGGUGAAGGGGAGGAUGUUGUAAAAGAGCUUAUGGAGAAGAGUAAGGAUCGAGGCUACAUUGUUGAUUGGGCACCGCAAGAGGUGGUCCUGAACCACCAGGCGGUCGGUGGGUUCUUGACGCAUAGCGGGUGGAACUCAACUUUAGAGAGCAUCGUUGCCGGGGUGCCUAUGGUUUGUUGGCCGUACUUUGCCGAUCAACAAGUGACUAGUAGGGUCGUGAGUAGGGUGUGGAAAAUAGGGUUGGAUAUGAAGGAUGUAUGCGAUAGGAAGAUAGUGGAGAACAUGGUGAACGAUGUGAUGGUGGAUCGAAAGGAGUUCGUGAAUUCGGCAACAGACAUGGCUAAGGUAAUCAACCAAUGUGUUAGUAUUGGUGGGUCUUCUUCUAAUAAUUUGGACCGUCUAAUUGAAGAUAUUAGAAUGAAGAGAUUGAAAACCACCAAAAGAUUAUAGUUUCAUAAGGAAAUAAUUUACUUAAAAACAUGUUUGAGGGGUGUUUUAAUCUUCUAUCAAAAUUUAAAGGCAACGAAUCAGAUAUCUAUAAUUUUUGUAAAAUUCGAAUAUAUAUAUAAACUUCACUUUAUCGAUUGAUGCUA